AUGACAACUGAAACACUAAACUUGUCUCGCGAAACCAAACGUGCAUUUCGAGCUGGCAAGUUUCCGGAGCAUAUCAUCAAAAAAGACAUGAUCCGAGAGAUGACAUGCACCAUCGACUGUGCUCCAGGGACACCAAACUACAAAGAAUUCAAAGUGACCGAGGGAAUGUUGUUCCAAAAAGUUCCAGACUGUAUGACACCACCCCUGGAAUACUGUGACCAUUUGCUGAAAAUCAAUGGGAAGGCUGUAACAACGAAACGAGAAAUGCAAGAAGCCAUUUUCAAACUUGCCAAGUCAAACAAAGCUCACUAUCUGACUUUCACAUUUCGCCGAAUUAUCAGUGUGAUAAGGCUAAACGAUCGGGAUGUCCCAUCAAAUGCAGCUAUUCUGAAACCCGACUCGGAUCCCAGUGAUGUCUCUCAGAAAACGAACAAGGGAUACAUUUACUACAAAGUGGUUUUGAUCUACUUUCCACGAAGCAAACUUGGAAUGAGUGUGAAGUCUUAUCAGAAUGUGGUCUAUGUGGAAUCCACAGAUAACAAUUGGGGCUCUACUACUCGCCGUUUUCUCUACUUGGGAGAUGCAAUUCUAAAAGUGGACGACACUGAAAUCAACGAUAUUAUGACUGCUCAAGGAGCUAUUCGAAGUGGAUUCCAGAAAAAUGGAACUAUAACUCUAAUUGUGGAAAGAGCCAACCAACAACUCUCAAGCUCCUUCGUCCGUGCUGUUCUUAACUUUAAUAAAGAACCCGAUCCUUCUAUGCCAGCUGACGUUAUUGCGGCUUGCGCUAAACAAUUGGCUCGUUACGACAAAACUGGGUUAACUGAGCCCGUCUCCAUUUAUCGAGGCUACACGAAAAGCUACAAGACGGCAGCACGAGCUACUGUGACCAAAAAAGUGGAUAAGAAGAAUAUUCGAAGCGAGCAUCUGUUUCCGGGAGCCCUUCAGAAAGUAUCUGAAUUCAAGGAGAACCAAAGAUUGGAAGCAGAAAAGAGAAAAGCUAAAUAA